GAAGUCUAGGCGAAUCCAAUUAAAGGAAUGUUCGUAUAGGCUGCAAGUCAUGCGUACUCAUUGUGUGCAUCUUUCAACCGUCCUUGAGUGGACGAGACAGACCUUUGAUUUGCUUCAUAAAGUUCUUGAGCGGAACUCUGGGGCCUUGUUGACACAAGAAGAAAGUGAUUUGGCUGCUGACUUGAAAGCGAGAGAUUUGGAAAUAGCCAGAUUGCUAUUAAGCAAUUGCGUUCUUGAUAGUUUUCCGGAUGAAAUUGAUCAUCUUAAAUGUGAGAUUUCUGUUGCGGAUCAGAUUGAUCGUGGGCUAUAUUAUUACAAACGAGCCAAAUUUUGGGAGGAUGCCUCUCCUCAUCUUAAAAGGAUGCAAGAUAUUGAAAGAGACAUGGUCAAGAAAUCUGUUGAAGAAGACCACAAACAGCUGGACCACUUAUUUUUCCAAAAGUGCAUAAAAGAGCAAAUUGAGAUUUCAUAAUCAGUAAAUCAUCAAUUUCUGCUGCGUUUGUUGAGGUUCCUAUCAAAAGACACAUCAGCGGACACCAUCCAAGAGGCAAUAGAGGCAGCCGCUUUAUUUAUUUAUCACUUCUUGCCCCACUUUUGAAAGGCGCAAGUAGUGGAAAAAAGAGAGGUAUAAGGGGUGCAUACUAGCAUCUACUGUGCCUGGGACUUAUGGAUGUGAUAAACCAAUCGCCUAGCAGUGAGGCGCACUUUUUUACUUGUGUUCACUGUUUUUCUGAACAUUAUUGUGAUAAACCCUAUUUUGGUGGAUGUUUUUCUUGUGUUUACUGUUGUACUGAAUAUUAUUGUUAAUGUUGUUUAUGAAACACAAGUAUUUUUCCUGUCUUAAGAUUUAGUAAGGGUGAUCAAUGAAAUUAGGUAAGAACAAGUCUCUUCCAUCUCCCUAUGGCGUAAAAGGCAUUGCAUAUGGCGUUGGGAGUGUGAAGUACGGAAUAUUGCAUUGAGGCGUACACAAUAUUGCAUACGCAAUAAGGCGAUUUGAGGCGUACACAAUAGGAGGUCAGGGUGUAAGGGUGUCAUUCAGGCCCACCCUGCCCACUUUAAAAUUUUAUAAUUGAUGUUAUGAUCCCUAUUUCAAACCACUAGGUAUUGAUUGGAUUAUUUUUUCAAUCAAUCUAAUAGAUUAAUAUUUUCAUUUUUUAGAAAUUUAGUUUUGAUAAACGAUUCAGAAAGUUUUGGUAUUCUAUGGUACUUUGAAGUUUGAACAUAUUACUUUGCUAGGA